AUGUCGCCCAAGCUGAAGCCAUUGUUGUUGCCCCAGCUCGUUGAAGAGCGCCGCAAGUUCGAGGAACAACAACCCGACCUCCCAGAAGGCGACCUGGACCGCCAACGUUGCAUCACCCGUCACCCCGACUUUCUCAACUCGAGGGCACCUACGCUACUCGAGCUCGACCUCCUCUCUCGAUCUUCCCCUACGCUGUUCAACGACAGCCCGUCAUCACCAACUUCAACAACCCAUACCAAGUCGUCGAAACGUCCGCUUCCUGAUGUUCAAGAAGAGCCUGUGGAACGCGAUGAGCUGGAAGAGAGUACUAUCCUCGCUGAGCCGUUUGAUCUAUAUAACUGCUUGUGUGACGAGCCGUGCAUUCACCAUGAGAGCUCCGAAACACUUCACAGUGUGUACCCGGCCGACUUCGAUAUCGACUACGACUUGGGGUUUGCGAGCGACAGCGAUUUCACUGCGACCCUCGAGCGGAAGCGAAGUGGCACCGAGUCGCCCUUUUCAGGCUUGGCUACACGCCUAGGAACCCGCUUCCCUAACUUGUCGCGGUGGAAAUCCACGACAAAGCGGUCACAAUUGACUGCUUCGCCCACCCUGGGGUUGACAUUCGAGAACGCCCACCCUGUUUCUUGCGCAGCAUCAAGCCGAUCGUCUUCCCUGUCUGGUCCCUCGCGACACAUGGAUAGCAUCAACGAGCCCCCAGUUCCUACUCCGGCUACAUCCUUCUGGGAAAGCAGCGAGAGCGUGGAGACGCCAGCCCCCAUCGACAUCGAAAAGGCCAACAACGAGAGGAGCAGCAUCGAGCGUGACCGCGCCUUGGCAACGACGCCUCUGCUCCCUCCUCUUCUUACAACCCCACCCGCCGAGGCCCCUCAACCUAGUCCUCUCCAGUCUCCUACCGUUGCGCCUUUAACCGUUUCAAUGGAGAUCCCGCCAACCCAGCCGCUUUCCCACCUUCCUACGCCUGCACUCAGUACAAGGCCAUCUGUCUCUUCAUUCCGCCAUAUACAGCCGUCCCAAGAACUCCCUAUUGGUUUCCCGUCCAUCGUACAAGACCACGACGAGUGGUCUGACCGUCUUGGGCAUGCCAACUUCACCAUCACGCCCCAGCCUUACCAACCGGUGGAAGCUGAUAUGGAGACUCUUCGCCACUUGCGUGCAGACUGGGAAACUGCUCGUAUCAACUACACAAAGCACUUAGUACGGACAGGCGAGAACUAUGGCGAGACGUCAAAGAUCUACGCGCUGACUGAAGCAAAGUGGGCCGAGACAGAAAGGAACUGGCGCACGUUCCACGAGCAGACAAUGGAAUACAUCCUGGCCGCUAGCAAGACAACGGGCACUCAGCGAUCAGGCGUAUCUCGCAGCCGCAGCCGCGGGCGUGUUCGCGCGAGCAGCGGAGGCUCUGCCCUUAUGCGCCGACCUGCCAACGAUGAUGUCUUCGCUGGCGAGCAAUGGCGGCGUCUCGAAGACGGCUUACCUACCGCAAUCCCUCGUCUUGUUGAUGCCGAGGGCAAGUUUCCUGAGCGCGGCGAUGAGGACAUUGUCGGGCCCAUGGAGCGCGACACCAAGAUGAUCCGCACUAGGAGCGAGGAGCGCAAAAGCGGUCGGUUCUGGCGCAACCUGGCCGAAAAGGUUGGCAUCCGCAGGUGA